AUGUCGAUCGCCGUACGUUGGGCAAAGCGUCGCGUGUUCGUCACGCUAACGAUCGUGAUCGUGCUGUACUACUUCCUGUCUUCACCCUACCAAAAGUACCACAUCAGCACCAUCAUCCCCGGCACCAAACCGGAAGACGUGUGGGAAUUUGUGGCCGAUUUUAGCCGAAUGAAGAAACUUAACCCAACGAUAUUAAACUUCCGCGUGCUUGCCGAUCAUGGGAACUUUGAGCACUGGAAGUAUAGUGUCGAGUACGACGAACGAUUAUCACACUGGCCACAUACAUUCAACACCGCGGUUGGGCAUUACUCCGUGAGGAAGCUACCGGAAUCGGAAGGUGGCCAGUAUUCGGUUGCCUCGACACACCGUACCUGCUUUUUGAUGGGAUUGUUUUGUGUUAACUCCAAGGGUGAGUUUAAGAUGUCACGCAUCCACCUGGAAGAUACGUACUGCGAGGAAACGGUGUACUACCAGUGUCCAUUCUUCUUCGGUCGGUUCUGCAGGCGGGAGGUUGAAUUUCAGCGGACGGCCAUCAUGGAGAACUUGAAGCAGCAGUUCAAAAAGCAGAAAGUUUUCGGAAAAUAA